AUGAACCUCUCCCCGCCCAAGAUGUCGGAGCCAUCCCCUGAAAGUGACGGGGAACAAAGGUGUCUGAACUCAGAGCUAUGGCAUGCAUGCGCAGGGCCCCUUGUGUCCCUGCCUGUGGUUGGGAGCCGGGUCGUCUACUUUCCUCAGGGCCAUAGUGAGCAGGUUGCUGCAUCAACUAAUAAAGAAGUUGAUGCUCAGAUCCCAAACUACCCAAACCUACCUCCGCAAUUAAUCUGCCAGCUUCAUAAUGUCACAAUGCAUGAUUUUUCACAACAGCCUCCAGUGCAAGAGCUGGUUGCAAGAGAUCUGCAUGAUAAUGAAUGGAAAUUUCGCCACAUUUUUCGUGGUCAGCCAAAAAGGCAUCUACUGACGACUGGUUGGAGUGUUUUUGUAAGCGCGAAAAGACUAGUAGCAGGGGAUUCUAUCAUAUUUAUCUGGAAUGAUAAUAACCAACUUCUCUUGGGAAUUCGUCGUGCAAAUCGUCCACAGACUGUAAUGCCUUCUUCUGUGCUAUCAAGCGAUAGCAUGCACAUUGGUCUUCUUGCUGCAGCAGCUCAUGCUGCAGCCACAAACAGUCGUUUCACUAUUUUCUACAACCCCCGGGCUAGCCCUUCUGAGUUUGUCAUUCCACUGGCUAAGUAUGUGAAAGCUGUUUACCACACGCGUGUGUCUGUUGGAAUGCGGUUUCGGAUGCUUUUUGAGACAGAGGAAUCAAGUGUCAGACGAUACAUGGGUACGAUAACAGGCAUAAGCGAUCUGGACUCAGAGCGCUGGCCAAAUUCACACUGGCGUUCUGUGAAGGUUGGUUGGGAUGAGUCUACAGCUGGUGAUAAACAGCCAAGAGUUUCACUCUGGGAGAUUGAGCCACUGACAACCUUUCCGAUGUACCCAACUGCCUUUCCAUUAAGGCUAAAGCGUCCGUGGGCUUCAGGACUACCUAUGUUCAAUGGUGGGAGGAGCGAUGAGUUCGCUCGUUAUUCUUCUCUCAUGUGGCUUCGAGAUGGAAACAGAGGGGCUCAGUCACUGAACUUCCAGGGACUUGGAGCAUCACCAUGGCUUCAGCCAAGAAUAGAUUAUCCAUUGUUGGGUCUGAAGCCAGAUACUUACCAGCAGAUGGCUGCUGCCGCACUGGAAGAAAUUAGAGCUGGGGAUCAUUUGAAGCAGACAUCUUCUUUCCUGCCAAUCCAACAGACUCAAAAUUUGAAUGGUGGAUUAGAUCCUUUGUAUGGAAAUCCUGUUCUACAGCAGAUGCAGUUCCAAUCUCAGCAGUCACCCCUGCAAGCUGUGCAGCAAGGUUAUGGUCAGAAUGCAAGCGACUCUGGGUUCCUUCAAAAUCAGCUGCAGCAGCUGCAGCUGCAAAAGCAGCAGGAGCCACCACCACAGCAGCAGCAGCAGCAGACACAAGUUCUGCAGCAACAAUCGCAUCAGGAAAUGCAACAGCACCUCUCAGCUAGUUGUCAUGAUAUUGCUAAUGUAGCUUCUGGUGUGUCCGAGUCUGGAUCUGCUUGUCAAUCACAAUCUUCUUUGCUUUCUGGGUCAUCGUUCUAUCAACAGAACAUCUUUGAUGGAAACAAUGGUCCAGAUCUGCAUCUGCACAACAGUUUCCACAACUUUUCAAGCCAAGAGUCCUCCAACCUUCUUAAUCUCCCAAGAAGUGGCCAAUUAAUGGUAUCAGAGGGAUGGCCUUCAAAGAGGUUGGCCGUGGAAUCUCUUGCUGGUCAUGAGCUCCAACCUGUGCAGCCCAAGCUUGAGAAAGUGAAUCACCAGAGUAAUGUACCUCACAUUUCUGGCACCUUGCCGCCACUGUCAGCAAGAGACGGUUCUAGUGCCCAGGCUUGUGGUACAAAUGUUCAGAGUCACCUGCUUUCAUCAUCAUUUGCAAUCCAUGAUGGCUUGUCAACCGUCAGGAGUGGUGGUGUUGGCAGUGGAACUGAUGCGACAACCAUAGCUUCGUUGAGAUAUGGUGACAUGAAUUUGCUACCUGAAAACUCCAUAGCAACUUCCAGUUGUUUGGGUGAAUCAGGAACCUUCAAUUCUCUUGACAAUGUUUGUGGUGUAAACCCAUCACAAGGUGGAACCUUCGUGAAGGUUUACAAAUCAGGGUCCCUCGGGAGAUCGCUCGACAUCACCAGAUUCAGCAGCUACUACGAGUUACGUAGCGAGCUCGAGCGGUUAUUUGGUCUUGAAGGCCAACUGGAGGACCCUGUAAGAUCAGGCUGGCAGCUUGUAUUCGUCGACCGGGAAAAUGAUAUUCUUCUCGUCGGCGUGACGACCCGUGGCAGGCACGUGCAUGCAGAACUAUCUUCCUUUUGCGUAUACAUAUUUAUCUGGUCUGAAUUUUCACUCAGCGUGAUCAUCGUUGGACCCCAUGUUUUUUCCAGGGAGUUUGUGAAUAGCGUAUGGUGCAUAAAGAUCCUCUCGCCACAAGAUGUGCAGCAGAUGGUCCGCAGCGGAGGCGACCUUCUGUCUACACCUGGAGCGAGGAUGCUGCAGAGCAGUGUCUGCGAUGACUAUUCUGCAGGCCACGACAUGCAGAACAUCACCAGCAGCAUUGCACCUGUGGUGCCUCUGGACUACUGA